UUAUCUUCACUUGGUGUUUUCAAUUCGAAUUAAAAUGAAGUUUCUAGCCAUUUUUUGUUUAGUUUGCGCCCUUUUCAGUCUCAGCUCUGCCGGCAAGUAUCCCGUUUGUGACCUGCCUGUAAGUGCAAAUGGACCCGUUAAUAAGAAGUGUGUGAACUAUGUUCCCAAAUAUACAUACGACGCGCAAUACAAUAUCUGCAGAAGAUUCAUAUAUGGCGGCUGUGGAGGCAAUGCAAAUCGUUUCGAUACUCUGAGCCAAUGUGAGGCAAAGUGCAAAUUUUAAAAAAACAAAAAAAACAAAACAUUAUGUUAAAAAAAUAUUUAUAUAUCUAAACCAUUUGCUAAUUUUCUGCUAAUAUGCAGUGCUAAGUAAUUUUUGUACAUUUUUACUUUAACAAUAAAUUUUUUGAUAAUAA